AUGAGUUGGAGUUUGUCAGAUGCAGCGAAGUCAUGGACGAGUAAUGAAUUGAUAAGUCUCAUGCAUUUCGUCGUUGAAGACGAAGCGCAGUCGAUGAAAUACGACUCAGUUCCGCUUGCUGCUCACGUCGUUUGCACAUCGCCCGGCAAGCUGCUUUUUCUUUACUUUCCAACUUUUUUUACUUUUUUUACUUUACUUUUCACUGUUGUUGAAAUUCAUGAAUGGUUGAUCCCAUCAAGAGCGAGUGAUGAAUUUAUUUUGGCAAGCCAUGCCUGUCAGUUUCUCAUCAAGCGUUUUAUCAUAUUUAUGGAGCGGCGGAAGUAUAGUGCAACAGAAAUUGUCGAUAUAAUAAGCUGCUUCAUUUGUGGUAGUCCAUUGCAAAAAUCUUACAUUGAUACACUGAGUUCCAGUUCAAGCAACCAGCAAAUUUUUCCGAUAACAGUGGAAAUCGCGGACAAAUCGCAUAUCGAUGAAGUUUUUCGCGCUAGCGAUUUUCCAAAAAUGAACGGGUUAUAUUUAUUCAGUAAAACGACAUUAGAAGAUAUCGUUAAAUACAUGUUGCCCCCAAGUUUUAUCGAAAUUCUCGAAUCGAAAUUUGAGCAUUUUUUACUCAAUAUUUCUACAUCUUUUGAUACUUGCCACAUUUCAAUCAGUGAUUUUUUAUCGGCUAUUGCUUCAUUUCCUGAAAUUUGUCGUUUGAUGGAAUUAGAUAUUGGUAAAACAAAUGAGGAUUCUAUUGACUUUCUUGGACGAUUAUCAAAUUCACUGGUAUUUGCAAUUUGUUGCAUUGCGAUUAGUAGCGAUCCAGAUGAAUUUAAAUCUGAAGCGGCAAAUCAGUGUAUAUCAUCAAUUUCGGAGAUUCAUAAGAAAAUGAAAGAUUUUAUGCGAUAUUCACAUAAUGCUGUAGAAUUCUAUUUACAGACCACUGAUUUCCUCAGCCGAUGUAUUACUGAGAUGAUUUUGGCAAAUAAGAUAAAUAUGGUUUAUUUACUUGGUGAACAUUUAUUGAAUUUAUAUCUCCCUUUAACUGUGCAAUUUUUGAAUGAUGAUUUGCGAAGGAAAAUUUGUGAUGUUCUUUGGAUUAUCGCUAAAAUUUCAUUAAUAAAUGCUAAGAAUCUGCAUGAACCAGUCUUAGGUAAAGUUUUCAUAAAGCUUUCUUUUUCCGAUGGUCCAACUAUUGGUGUUGGUGAUUGGCUGGAAAAUAUUUUAAAUAGUGUGCCGGCCUAUUUGGACCAGCAGGAAGCCGCUUUAGCAUUAAAUCGAUCAAGUUUUGGUGUCAUAACCUCUUCUAAGGUUAUGUUAAUCGAUGAAUUAUUUCGUGUUAUGAAAGGAGAUUGCUGUGCUCUAACUGCGAAUAAUUUGUGUCAAAAAAUAAUUUCCUCUAGUUUAACAUCACCCAGAUUGUCUCUUCAUGUUAUUCUUCGUUUAUUGGAAUCAGUAGGAUGCAGUUCGAACGUGAAUUUGCCUCUUUCAUCGUCAUAUUUUUUGAUUCUUAGUCAUGCUGUUCAUUUAUUGGGAUCUGAUCAACUUAAAAUUGCUAUAAGUAAAGCUGCAUCUAUUGUUCUUGAUAAUCUUAAAAGCGGUCAGAUUUAUGGGAAAAUUAGAAUACUCAUGCAGUCGUUAUACCUAAUUCUUUUGGGAAAACAGAAGAAUCUGCGAGAAGAAUUUAGUGAAUACUCAGAAUGUGAUUUUUUCAAAGAAUCUAAUUGGUCAUCUUUGGUUGGGAAUAUUGUUAAAAUCGAUUUUGAAAAUUGGGAUGAACUUUAUUCAUUGCUCGUAAAAUUGCUCUUCUUCAAAGCAAGUUGGUGUGAAUUGCAACUCAGAAUUAACAAUGUUUUGCCGGAAUUUAUCACGGAAAUUUCCGAUUUCAAUUUCGUUCUGUAUGAUGCCUUGUUACUUAUGGUGGCUGAACUCAAGAAACUUAAUUUAUCAACGGAUUUUGUUAAGGAACUUAUUCAUUUUUGCGGUGGAUUUUUUCAUUUCAUCUUGACUGCCAUGAUUAAAGAAUCUGGAAUAUCAGAAAUGUCGAUAGAUUUUUAUUUGGAUACUUUAUCAGUCGCAGUUUGUCCAUUAAUUAAAAAGUUGUCCAAUGACAUGGUUGCAUUUUUAUCGUUACUUCGUGAGAAGGCUUUGAGAAAUAUUCGUAAGUGGUCCGACGUGUCUCUUGUGGAAGAUGAUUCAAGGAAUUCUAUAAUUAAUCGAUUGACUGAUCCGAACAAAACAAUUAUAAGCGAUGAUGAUUCUUUUGGUUCUGGAAUGGUAUAUCAUGCGAUUCAUUCUGCUUUGAUGAAUUUGGUCAUACUUGCCCUAUAUCAUUUGCAGAAAAGGUAUGUCAUCUAUAUCUGUUGUGAAACUUUAAUUUGCGAUUAA